CUCAUUUCCUAAUUUUAAAUUUUCAGAAAAUUCAACAAACUCUCUUGUCUUUAUCAUAAAAUCAUAAUCACUUUCCUUCUACUUUCAAACUUCUAGGAAACCAAAAAAAAAUCCAAUCUUUUCUAAUUACUUCACCCAAAAGAAAACCCACAAAAAAUACAUGAUCAUCAUAAUCCUUGAUUUAAGUUUAAUACUUAAAAAAGAAAUUGAAAUUCGUUUAAGUAAAUAUCAGUUAGAGUUUAUAGAUUUUUUUUUUCCGAUCUACCCUGUAAUCUCAUCUUUUUUAAUUAUACUUGCCCAAAAGAAAACCCACAAAAAUCAUCAUCAAAAUCUUUCAUUUAAGUUAAGUAGUCAAAGAGAAUCGGGGUCUCGUUACAGUUGGAGGAGCUCUCAGUCUUUUCUCACUCUACCCUGUAAUCAAAAUGGCGAGAUUAAAUGGAGUAAGGAGCUUUGAAGAGAAGGAAAACAAGAAGAAAAGGAAGAAAAUGGUGGGCAGUAAAAAAAGGCAUAUGAAGAAGGAAAAGAGAGUAGAAGAAGAAGAAGAAGAAAUGGGGAUGGUGGGGGAUCCAUUAAAAGUGUUGGGGGAAGAUAUAAUGAUAAAAAUAAUGGGAAAAAUGGAUGCAUACAGCUUGGCACGUUCUCUUCUUGUAUCCCAUUCUUGGUUUUCUCUUGCUUCUUCUGAUUCUCUUUGGUCUCCUUUGUGCAAGCAGUUGUGGGUAGGAAAAGCACAUAUACCGCGAUGGUCUAAAGUUCCAGGGUUGUCGAAAUUGGCUAGUUAUUCUCGCGCAGUCACUGACAGUAAGCGAGUCCGUAUCAUGAGGGAAGAUCUGUGCGACCAUACCUGGGAUUUCCAUUUUACUGAGGCGGCUCCGGAUUAUUGGAAAAACCUAGAUCCAUACUGGGGAAGUGCAGGUUCGAGCACAGCUUUGAGGAUGCGUCGUUACUUCCAUCCCGAUGGAAGCCAGACGGCAGACCCGGAAGACAAGGUUUGGGGUGGACACGAGUGUACUUACACAAUUGUUACGGGUAUUGUUGCAGACGGAAAGAUCAGGGCAAACUACGUCAGGAUAAACCGUUGGCCUCGUUUAGCUGUGUCAAGAAGGGAUGAUUGGGGUUGGGAGAUGUCCAAUGUUAUUUUCGCUUAUUCUAGCAUCCCAGAUGCAGAUAAAGAAGGCGGGACAGGUCCUAUGUUCUAAAGUACUUGUUUUUGCAGGAAUGUGUAGCUUCUUGAAUUAGGGAUACUAUUCAAUGGGCUGCUUUGGCGGGCCCGGGUCAUUCGUUUAAGAACCUUAUGAAGUAUUGAAUUGUGUAAUAUAUAACAUAGAAGAAUGACAAUCGAGUUUGUUUAGUACAUGUAUAGAUGAGUGUUGGACACAACUGGGCUCACUUGCUAUCUGCGUGGAUUCUAUAGGUCACUUAUAGCAUACAAGCAGAUAAUUCUUGUAGGCAGAUUUUUUUGUCUAGUUCUUGUAUAUGAUGGUAUCAGAUGUUCUUCUUUCUUGAGGAACAAUAAUAUCUAUGGGUAGAGUAAAUUGUUGUAUUAAUAGAAUCAAUAAUGUGUAAUAUGGUAAAACCAGUCAUGUCGUAUC